AUGCUGCUGCGACGGCUCCAAGCCAUCAGGGGCGGCGCAGCGGCGGUCGCCGCCGCCUCCCGCCUCUUCUCCACUGCUGCCUCCUCCGCGGUUCGCGGCGGCAUCGCGUGCCUGGAUGAGCUGCGGACGGUCAUCAAGCUGGAGGGCUCCAACCUGAUGCCCUUUCUGCAGAGGAUCGUGUCUAACGACGUCACGCAGCUGGCGCCCGGCGGGCCGCCGCUGUACGCCUGUGUGCUCACCGCCCAGGGCCGCUUCCUGCACGACCUCUUCCUGCACGCGGUGGAAGGCGCCGACGUGCCCACCGUGCUGGCCGACUGCGACGCCGCGCAGCGCCGCCCGCUCAUGGACCUGCUGCAGCACUACUCCCUGCACCACAGUGUCUCCGUCAGCAACGCGGGCAAGGCGUACGCUGUCAUGGCAGCCUUUGGCGGCGGCAUCGCCGGAGCCAGCUCAGCGCCGGAGCGCGCGUGGGCCGCCGACCCGCGCCUGCCCGCGCUGGGGCGCCGCGCCGUGCUGCCGCGCGGCAGCGCGCCCGCCCCCACCGCCUCGUGGCGUGACUACCGAGCCUGGCGCAUGCAGCACGGCGUGGGGGAGGGGGACAGCGAGAUGCCUUCUGGCGAGGCCAACCCCCUGGAGUGCAACCUGGACGCCCUGCGCGGCCUCUCCUUCGCCAAGGGCUGCUACGUGGGGCAGGAGGGCGUGGCGCGCGUGCACGCCCGCGGCGUGGUGCGCAAGCGCCUCAUGCCCUCCCACGUGUUUGAUGUGUACGACGCCGACGAGAGCCUGUCGGCGGUGGGGCGGGUGCGGGUGGUGCAGGGCGGGCUGGGGCUGGCCACCAUCCGCCUGCAGCAGGCCAUGGCCGCCAUCCGCGAGGAGAAGCCGCUGCUGGUGGGAGGCCUGGAGGCGGGCAGCGGGUAUGCCGAGAUCUGGCCCUGGCGCCCCGAGUGGUGGGAGCCCCGCUGGGGCCACGAGGAGGCGGCGGGGGGCGAGGAGGAGGCCCAGCGCAGGGCGGCCUGA